AUGAUCCCCCGGCAACCCUAUGCGCCGACACCGCAUAGCUAUAUUCCCAAUACCACACUAUCGGCAACCAUCAAUCUCGAUGAGGCAACCGACACACGCGCCGAGCGCGACCUGCAAGACUCGCUCGCCGAGAUCUUUAGCAUUAUUGUCACUCUCGACGAGCUCGAGAAGGCUUUCCUGAAAGAUGCGAUCCUUGAGGCCGAUUACACCGAGAUCUGCGAGCGCUCCCUGAAGCAGUACAAGUCCAUUUUAGCAGACGAGACCGUGGCAAAAGCCUUUGUGGGCUUGGAGGAAUUCAAGGCAGAAUGGGAUCUCGAAGUCCCUCGCGCAACAGAGCGCAUCCGCGUCGGCAUGCCCUCGACAACCGUGACAGCCUCAUCAAGCGCUGCUCCGGCUCCCACGGCCGCCGGUAAUACGAGCGGCACGCUCAUUCUGGAAGCGACGCAGGAGUUCAUCACCUUCCUCGACGCCGUCAAGCUGGGCCUGCUCUCCAAGGAUCAGCUGCACCCCUUGCUCUCCGACGUCAUCCAGUCCGUCAACAAGGUCACCGACCGCGACUUUGACAGCAGGGGCAAGAUUGUGCAGUGGCUCAUCACGCUGAAUCAGAUGAAGGCCACGGACGAGCUGAGCGAGCAGCAGGCUCGCGAGCUUGAGAUGGACAUUCAGCAGGCUUACCAGGGGUUCAAGAGUACUCUCACGUAA